GAAAAAAUGGUAAAAGAAAAACCAACGAGAGAAAACAACUAUCAGGUCCUGCUCAGUAUCAACCCAGAACAACACAUCAUGUCAUGUAUCCAGAGAGUGCGAUAGACCUGGAGAACAACACGUGUCUGGUGCUGGUUCCUUUCAAAACUCUAGACCUGCAGUGGAUCAUCAGUGCUCUGACCACAGGAACCAUCAAACAGACAUAUACAGCUGUUACAUCAAGGAUAAAGGCAAAUAAAGAUAAGGUGUUGAUUUACAGUCCAACAUUUCUCAAAUACGUCUACGAGUCUUGGCUCGAAGGUCACGGACGAUAUCCUUCUACAGGUUUCCUCAGUUUACUGCUCGCUCUGCACAUCUGUGACGAGGUCAAUGUGUUUGGGUUUGGCGCAGACCAGUAUGGAAACUGGCACCACUACUGGGAGGAAAACCAUUUGGCCGGAGCUUUCCGACACACGGGAGUCCACGACGGAGAUUACGAAUAUAAUGUCACCAUGCUGCUGGCAGACAAGCACAAAAUCCAAAUGUUUCACGGCAGAUGAUGCAAAGCCUACAUGGACAGCAACCACGAAACUGGUCUACAGCCUUUCAAUGUUUGACUUUUCAUCGCCUCACUCACGCUGGAAGAAUGUCAUUUUCGUGUUUCAAAAGACAUUCUCCGAUGAACUUUCCUGGUCCGACCAGUUUCCCUUUCUUUACCUAAGACAAUGAGUAAUGCUACCUAUUGAGAUAGAACAGAACUUCACUCUCUGUGUUUCCGGACAAAGACAAAGACAGACCGCCAACAAGUCAGAAGUCACACUGCCAUUGGUUUGUGUAAUUCCUCCGGACAACACAAUGGUGGAAAUCAACAAGCAUGCAGACAAGGACUGCUUUUGUACUAUUGUAUAGUAUAAGUCCUCCAACACAGAUUUGUACUAUAAUACGUGACCUGGGCUGGCUAAAAAUAACAUUUAAUGCAUAUGAGGGUACAAACAGUGUUAGAGAACUGCUUGGAGAAUCCACUAUUUUCCCAUUACACUGAUAGAUUGGGACAUCAUUCUCAUAAAUGACUUGCAUAUUAGAUUGCAAAUGUAGUUUAACACACAUACAUGUCACUUGUUAGACACUUUUAUCCAAAGCGACUUACUGAGGACAAU